AUGCGUUGUCCAGGCCCACCCUGUCGCCAUGAUGGCCAGUAUUGCUGGCAAGACCCUAUGGGGAAGCAACAUUACAAAUUGAAAACCCAUCAUCUAAGGAGUCUGGUCAAGUUCGUUGAGAAUGGUGGCGAAUUAGAGACCCACGAGGAUGUUCCAGAAGAUAUCCGUCAGCAGUUGUACGGCGAGGAGGAACAACGCCUUGAGAAACAGAAGAAAGGAGGCCAGAACGCACAUGGUGGGACAAUGUGGCCGCCAAUCAAUAUUAAUGUCCUCCCGUCACAGUCAUCUCAUCCCUCGCAGAUGAACAGUAACGCGUCUCUGAGUGUCAGUUGUGGGCCCAUUGAUAUACCGGGCCCGCUUGACACAGCGAUCGAUGAGUACACGGCUUGGCAAAAAUCCCGUGUGAGUCGGGAUUCUUUCAAGGAACAGAUAGACAUAGCCCGCAAUGUGGCAUUGGAGAACUGUCUGGAUCUGAGACAGAUUCAUAAGGAUCAGGACUCAGGGGUUUUCAUCAGCCAAGGCGUGAAAGUUGGUGCUGCUCGCCGAUUUUUUAGUGAGAUCAGAAGCUGGCUUGAAGAACGUGGGAGAAGAAGAGACUCAGAAGAUAACUAG